AUGUCUCUAAACUGGGUAAUGCUCGGAACAAGCCCACACACCUUCGUCGCCCUGCCGAACGAGCGCACACUCUACACCUCACCAGCGCGCACCACCUUCGCGCUGACCUCGACCGGCCAAAACCCGCUCAACAUCACCUCAUCGUCGGGGGUAGUAAUAAUCACGAACCAACGAGUUAUCUACAUCCCGAGCACGCCGACACCCGUCCUCGAGUCCUUCAGCGCACCACUGACGCACCUCCUCGACAGCCGGGUGUCCGCGCCGUUUUUCGGGCCGAACACGUGGUCGUGCGCGGUGAACCCGGUGGCCUCGGGCGGGCUCCCGGCGACAACGUCCGCGAUAGAGAUGAAGCUGGUGUUUAAGGACGGCGGCGCUUUCGAUUUCAGCACCACGUUCGAGCGCGUACGGGAGCGCGUCCAGCAGGUGAUCGAGAAUGGCGGCGGCGCUGGUGUCCAUCUCGAGGAUCUGCCGACGUAUGAAGACUCUGGCCCCCCGCCGCCAAGUGUGGAUGCGCUGGGUCAUGGCCCUGUGCCCGCGGAUGCCCCGCCGGGGUAUGAAGAGGUGCAGAGGGAGACGGUGGAAAAUGCGGCGAGAAAGGUGUAG